AACGGCACAAGAACUCAACCCCCCAAGCAAAUACCAGCUACGGUAAUGCACUAACAUCAAAAGUGACAUACAAAUUACCCGCCAACAAUUACUUUCAGCAAUAAAAUUCCCGGGAAAGGUUUGGGUUAUGACACGUCGUCGUCUGCUCCGGUGGUACACCUUCACAAACUCUCCUCUUGACACACACUUCAACACUUACUCGCUUACCAGCGGAUAUACACCGCUAUUAUGCCUAGCGCAUCUGUUCCAAUAAUUCUGGAAGGUAUAUAUGAGGUAUAUGAGGGAGGCGGGGAGUAAUAUAAGCGGCGAGGGCUGGCCCCGGGGGAGGGCUAGAGAGUGACAGACGAGCAGUGAUGGCGGACGCAGGAGUCGACGGCCCGGUGGUUGCACCAAUUUUAGAGAACGUGACCGAGGCGGCCAUCAAUGGCACGGGCAAGGUGCCCUCCACGCCCGAGGGCAUGGCCCUGGCCUACGGCAGCCUGGUGGUUAUGGCCCUGAUCCCCAUAUUCUGCGGCUCCUUCCGCUCUGUGAAGCAUCAGCAGCAGCAGAAGGCGUCUGGAGAGAAAGUUGACACAAUGACUUCAAAGGAUGCAGCCAUGUUCCCUGUAAUAGCAUCAUGUGCACUUUUUGGCCUCUACAUCGUCUUCACGGUUUUCUCCAAGGAAUAUAUCAACCUCCUCCUAUCUUCAUAUUUCUUUGUUCUGGGUGUUCUGGCCUUGUCUCAUGUCUUCGGCCCAGUUAUCUCUGGCCUAGUACCGGCCUCAGUACCUUUCGAGACAUACCACCUUCACUUAAUGAAAGGCGAUAAGGACAAAAAAGACUACCUCAUAAAUUAUGGGUUUACGUCUUAUGAUCUGGUGUGCAUGGGCGUGUGUGCCUUGCUUGGUGUGUGGUACCUCUUGAAGAAGCAUUGGAUUGCAAACAAUCUUCUUGGGCUUGCAUUUGCCAUCAAUGGUGUGGAGCUUCUACACCUGAAUAACAUCCAGACUGGGGCUCUUCUUUUAGCGGGGCUUUUUGUAUAUGAUGUUUUCUGGGUCUUCGGAACCAAUGUUAUGGUCACUGUAGCAAGAUCAUUUGAAGCUCCUAUCAAAUUGGUGUUUCCUCAAGACUUAUUGGAGAAGGGCCUGGAGGCUGACAAUUUUGCCAUGCUGGGAUUGGGAGACAUUGUUAUUCCUGGCAUAUUUAUUGCCCUCUUACUCCGUUUUGAUCAUAGUUUAAACCGAGGAUCGAACACAUACUUCAAGAUUACAUUUGCAGCCUAUUUUGCUGGCCUUAUGAUGACAAUCUUUGUGAUGCAUGUGUUCAAACAUGCCCAGCCAGCCCUCUUGUACCUUGUGCCAGCCUGCCUCUCUGCGCCAAUUCUUCUGGCUCUCCUCAAGGGCGACAUGAAAGCUCUGAUGCAGUAUGAGGAUCAUCCUACUAUAGAAGAAAAGGAAGAAGGUGAAACUACCGAGGAUAAGAAGUCUGGGAAGAAAGAUAAAUGAGGAUGAAAUGGGAAGUAAAGUGACUGAGAGCACAUAUUCCUGAGAGUCCCAUCCUUGUCACAGUAAUCAGUCAUAGGGAUGUGGAGUCUUCUGACUGGCACAAAAAUACCAUUUGUGGGGUUUGCUGCCAAAUGUUUAUUUUUUUAUGAGUAGAUGUAUGCCCAAUGAAUGAUCUAUAACUUGACCUCUUUAUCAGUAGGUCUUAAGGCAUUGCAAGUGUUGGACUGGAAAAUUUAAGUUAAUUAUUGUUUACUAAUUUAAUUGCACAAAUGCUCUGAAGUCUUUAUUUGUGACUUCAUUGAUUACAGAGCAUGCUAUCCUUUCCUGAACUGUAUUUGUAAAUUGCUCUUUAAUAAAUCAAAAUGAUUUAUUGAGGGGCUUGCAGUGCUACACAAAUAUUUGUAUUUUGAUUAAAUCACUUGAACUAUUGGUUAAAUCAAGAUAUAUUUUUGUAUAAUAGGUUUGUGUGUACGCAGGGAGUACAGUGACCAUCAUUUUUAAGUUUCCUACGUUAAUUUCAUGAGGUGUACUUAUUUAUUUUCAAUAGUUUUGACCCCCUGUCAUUUAAGUGUAAUCUCUGAGAAUUUUUUUUUUCACUGUUUGAUAUUACAUAUUAUUGUAUCUUAAGAUCUUGACUCCUUGAGGUGUGGGUGCUGGAAGCACGCGAGUGGAGUACUGAAUUAUUAAUUGAUAACUAAAUGUCAAUGUGUUUUUAUUAAUACAACAUAAUUGUAAGCAGUAUUUUUUUUGUAUUGGUGAAUGAAGCAAGGAUAGAUAGGCCAAGAAUUAUUAAGACUUCUAUGAAACUCAGACAAAUUAGGGUGAUUUUUAAAUUUGAUGAAAGCUUAUUGAGUAAAGGCAGUUGAGAAGGUUGUAUAAAUUUGUGGUACCUGCUUUCUGAAUGUUAUCCUCAAAGAUUUACAAAAAUACUGUGUGCGUACAGUACUUUUGUAGAUUAUGGUUUGCUCACAAGCUUUCUAAAAUAUUCUCAUCCACAGUAAAGUUCUUGUUCCCACAUGGUGUAUUUCUGAACACAAUCGGCAGUUAUUGCUCUACUCCUUUCAUUGAGGAAACUCCAUUUUAAUUAAUGUUUAGCAUAAUUAUUAUUCAGAUUAAUGCAAGAAAGGCAUCUUAGAUGCAUAGUUUAAUUUUUCUAUGAAUAUUUUGCUAUCUUUAGAAAGUGGCAUUUACUGCACUGAAUAGUGAAUGUCGUAGUUUGUGCUGCACAUAUGAAGUAUGGAAAAGAAUUUUUAAGAUUUCCUAUUGCCUGUGGUGUAUACUUCUAUUUGAAAUUUCAUUCACAUUGUGCAGAUUAAUGUACAGUACCAGUAUUAUUUGUUUAAAUUCGAUAAAUUGGUAUUUUUGCUAUAUAUAUAUUUUUCUUUAUAAAAACUAUUUAGAGAAAGGCCUAAUGUAUGUAGACAUCAGAUAAACGGUGGAAUAUUACUUACUUGUAUUUAUGUGAAUUAUUGUAUCCCAAGUAGUAAUUAUGAAUGGUGACAUUUUGUUUGAGAGAUACCCUAAACAAAAUUAAGAUAUUAAGUAAUUUCAUUACACUCAUUUUAUAAUUUGAAAAAUUUGAUUAUCAGCAGCACAGAUACCAUCUAGAAACGGGGCCAUAUUUAGAAUGCAGUUACAAAGUCAGAGUAUUAACAUAUAUUUAAAUGGAAUUUUUUUUUUAAGCAAAUUGUGUGAUUGAACAUAGGAUUGGGUGAAGGCUGGAUUUUGUAUGUGUGUGUGUGUGUGUGUGUGUUAAAUGAGAGAUUACCAGAAAGCUGUGAGAAUCGAUGUAAGUGCAUAUAAUAAAAGCUUAAGGUAUG